AUUCCGUUCACAGCAGGCCAGGCCAUACGACCCAUGAAUGGAUAGACACACACAGACCUUCAUCCAUCUGCUCAUCGCCGCACCGGCAUGCAUCCCCUUUCUCAACCAAAAGCUGUUCAUCGGGCAUCUCAAGCGUCGAAUCCAUGAGAUGUCGCGCGACAUCGAAUUGGCAUCGCACUGCUCACCACACACCGAUCUCACCACGCCACUUUGGAGAGUUUGGUUGAGUUCAAGAAGCGCUUCCACUGUGCUGGCUCGCCCCAGAUGUCAGCGGUGAGCGGCCACAGCAGAGGCAAAGCUUUCUCGUCAAUGGUGCCGCUCAAAUCGAUGUACUUGAACCCUGCAGACAGUCAGACAGACAGAAAGACAGACAGACAGACAGACCGAGAUAUGUAUGCAAAGCCUGUCCAUGUCUCACCUCCAGCGAUCUUGUCCCAGUCUUCAAGCGUCCUGAGGGGUUUCCCGUGGAGCGUCCCACGACGCCAGUCCAGCCCAGUGGCCUCCGCGACUGUCUUGCUGGCCCUGGCCGUGUCGACUGCAUCCGCAACCAUCUCCGAAAGACUGCGCUUGUAAGUUGAGAAAGGGUCAAGAUUCUUGUCCGGCUUCAGGUAGGGAAACAGAUAUCCGAACACCUUCUCCCUCAGCUUGAGGACGCCGUUCGUGUCCCGCUUGGCGCUCUCGGCUGUGAAGCGCACAUUGGCCUGAGCGUCUCCUUCCCCAGUCAUGCUUCUGUCGUUGCAAUUCGCACUGCCCACAUGCGCAUAUCUGCAAACAAAGACAAAGAGAGAGACGACAGACAGACGGCAAUCGAGACGCACCAAUCCCCAAUUACAGCCAUACCUGUCGUCGACGAGGAGCAUUUUGCUGUGGACGUAUGUGGUAUAGGCGACGGUCCCUGCACUGCCAGAAGGCAGGUUGGCCACCCUGCCGUGGAAAUAGACUGAGAAGUAUUUCUUCAGUGGCUCAUGGAUGUUGUUCUCGCUCCUAUAGCGUUCAAGGCAAGGUACGAGGCCGCAUUCGCCGAACAAAGACAUGAGCACCGCGUAGAGGGCCAUUGUUGGUUGCGGCUGCCGGGUCAGUCAUAUAUAUACAUAGAAGAGGCGUGCACACGGAUCAUAUUUCCAUUGUGUGUGUGUUUUUUUCUUUUUUUGUGGUAUGGAUGCUGUACUUCAUACCCCGAUUGGCACGGAUAGCACAAAGGAGAAAUCCUCAUUAUCUCUCAUGGCAUUGGUGACGCGAGCGAAGAUGGCGGCCGGCACCUUGUUUUUCGGAUGGAACUGAACAGAGAGACAGACAGACGGCAAUGGAGACGCACCAAUCCCCCAAGUACAGUACCUUGGGGUCUUUGGAGUUUUUAGCGCAUCUUAUGUAGCUUGUCGGGAGUCCAACGUAAAACUGUGUUUCGAGGUAGACGUAGCGCUCUGCUUCGCGAAUCAAUCUGUCGUAAUCGUCCUGCGCAGACGCAAGACAGGCCCAUGAGCAUGCUCGACUCUCUUUCUCCCGCUCCCCUCACCAUGAUGCUGGUGACGGUGACAGAUUCAGGCGUUUUCAAAAAAUAUCUCGUUCCCGAGAGCAGGACUUGGCACGUUCCGUUGAAACCUCUGUGUUUCUGCAGGUGCGGCGUAAAGUCAACGUCCGGCGCGGUAUAGUUCCAGGGCGGCAUGUAUUCUUCCUCGCACAUUUCUCCCAUGUCUUGCUCAAUUCGGCAUCGACGACCUUCCGGAAGAAGCCCAUCACUCGGCUCCUCCAAUUCUUUCUUUGUUCAUUGUAGAUUUUACACCCUUCUUGCCAU